CUUAACAAUGUUUAGAAACAAGUGGAACGUUGUCGUCGGUGGUUGUGCGUUGCCGCAUGACAAAAGUUUUCUUCGUGAAGUGAGUUCAGUGAUACCGGAGAAUUCGGUGCUAACACAUGGUUCGCCAAUCCGGCCACGGGAUGGAGACCACUUUUUAUGACGAACAAUAUCCCCUGAGCGGUCCCGUGGAUAGUUUGAAGCGGACUUUGACAUUGGACUUGGAUUUCGGUAGGGGCGGGAAGAGAUCGCGAGGUGGUGCACCUGUCCUGUCCUCCCCCGAUCUGCAACUUCUAAAGUUGGGCUCACCGGAGCUGGAGAAGCUAAUCAUGCAGAACGGCAUGAUAACAACAGCGACGCCGACCCCCGGCGGGGCCGUGCUGUUCCCCGCCGUGGCCCCUACGGAGGAGCAGGAGUUAUAUGCGCGCCCAUUCGUCGAGGCGUUGGACAAGCUGCACCACAAUGAGCCCCCGCCGCACGCAAGACGCGUCUACGCAGACUUAGAUCGCCCGCUAGACCGGUAUCCCACGCCCGUCGUCAAAGACGAGCCGCAGACGGUGCCCAGCGCUUCCAGCUCGCCGCCGCUCUCGCCCAUCGACAUGGACACCCAGGAGAGGAUCAAACUAGAACGGAAGAGACAGAGGAACCGAGUGGCGGCUUCCAAAUGCAGACGGCGAAAGCUGGAACGCAUCUCUAAACUGGAAGAGAAGGUGAAGCUGUUGAAGGGCGAGAAUGUGGAGCUGGCGCAGAUGGUGGUGAAGCUGAAGGAUCACGUGUCGCGACUGAAGCAGCAGGUGCUGGAGCACGCCAACAGCGGCUGCCACAUCGACACGCACUUCUGAUCGCGCCGCCGCCGCCGACGACGCCUCCCACAUUCCAUGCUAGUCGCGCCCGCUAGGACGCAGCAUACAAAGCGAUUUGUGAUCUUAAUUUUAUCGUGUAAUAUAUAGUUAACAUUAGUGUAUAAAGAGUUAAGAGGAUGGUGUGUGUCGACCAGAAGGAACGGACCUCCGCUCGGCUGACGGUACUCGCCGCUCGGUGGUCGGCUCUUAGCGAAUGGAUGUACUUAUCGAGUCACGAGAUUAGCGUACGUCGUAAGUCGCAGUUAUGAUUUUCCUUGUAUCAGUAUUGCGUUGUCUCAUUUAGAAUAGUAUAGAAACUAGAAAGGAUAAUCGUGCAACGUCAUUGGACUGUAGACUGAGGCGAGGUGAAGCGACGUUGCCAGUUCAGAGGCGUAUUUCCCGUUCCAGCGACGUUGCCGUUCGGCUUUAUUUGUGUUUGCAUUGUUCAUUUGCAAUGUAAUUCUUAAAAAGGCAAAAUUAUGUAUAUUUUUAUAGUAAUCGUAUGUACCCAAGCCGAAAUCGAGACCAACGCAAGUAUAAGGACGAGUGUAAAAGGGAGACGGAAAUAAUUGAGCUGGCAACGGCGCAACACAAGUGACGAGCGGAUGUUCUGUUAAUUAAAAUUCCGCCUGCGCCGCCCUCGCGGAAUGGCCGCCAUGUGUUCGGAUCAGACGUUCCGAAUUCACGUUUUGUUACACAAGGUUAACUUUUUUCAUAACCGGCGCCUAUCCGUUGUGUUCGAUACACGGCUUGUGUGAAAGACUGACAGAGAGACAGUGCCUUGAGUGGAGCUGAGAGGAUGGUUCUAGAAUUUAGAUGCAUCAGUUUGUUAGCCUUAACUGACCCGGUGCUCUUUUAAGGUCUUGUAAGGAGAGGCCGUCCGAUUGUGUGUGAACUGUGAAGUAUGGACGAUUCGUAGCGUGUUACGUUAUUACCGAAAUGAAUGUGAGAUGUAUUUAUUAGUGAGAAUGUUUAAUUAAUAUGAAGUAGCAAUCUCGAGUGCCUACGCUUUGUAAACGGAAGCCUGUUUUUAUUGUUUUUUGUUACCAUUAAAUGUGCUACAGUAAAAUUGUUCUGUACCGACGUCUUCUGUAGGUUAUUGUAAGAAAUAUUAUACCAAUUAACAAGUUGAAUUGUUAUAGAAUAUAUGAGGAGGCUUGCUGUCGACGUUUGAGGUUUUAGAGAUGUGUACUGUGUCGUGUUACGAAGGUUAUGUAUUUCAAAUAUAUAGGUUGGUGAUGGCGAGUCUACCUUUUUUUGUAUUAUUUUUAUACAAAAUGAUUCUUCAGAAUGUUAACAAUAAUUUGUAAGUUUAUUAAGAUAAAAUCAGUUAUACUAAAAUAAUAUAUUUUUAUGAAUUUAACAAAGAAUAUUGUUUUAUACAAAAUACGUAUUGUAUGAUAAAAAUGGAUGGAAAGAAAAUAAAUUAUGAAGAUUAUUAUACCAUUUAUAA